GUACUUGAUUACAGCCAGAACCAAUUUCACUCAGCGCUUUUUAUGAACAACGCCGUCCGCGGUGACUAUGGUGCAUGAUGCUCAUGCAAGGCCUCCCGAUGCCCUGCGGGAGCUCUUCAAGCAGCGUCGGAAGCAAUGUCUUGCUUCGAUAGAUGCUGAACAUGGGAUCAUCGAUCCACAAAGGCCAGGCGCGGAUUCCACAUCACUCCUGUCUCCUCCGACACAGUUCCAGCAUGGCGAAAUUAAGUGCCUCGAGCGCAUAUAUGCCAACGACGUGUUGGGAUAUGACCUAUCCCUUGCGCCUGUCGUUGAAGCUCCCAACGAUGGUUUCGAGGUCAACGCGUUACCUGGUCUAUACGUUCUGCCUUCUCUUCUCAGUCCUCGUAUGCAGAUUGCCUUGCUAGAGAAACUUCUGCACCGUGAUCUCAACAACCCAGCACACAAGACUAAUCUCCAUCUUCACUACGACAUUUCCUAUCCUGUCUCUCAGGAUGGAAGAGAGAAACACGAAGAAGUCGCCGCCGACUGUUCGUUCUUUGGUGUCGACACAACAUCUCUCCUGACACCCAAGGAUCCAGCAAUUCAUAAGCCCAUUACCAUUGCUCAAAUGCUUGAGUCAAAGUUACGAUGGACAACACUUGGAGGGCAAUACGAUUGGACGAACAAAGUCUAUCCUGACGAGGUUCCCCCAGCCUUUCCUCCCGAUAUCGCUGCGCUUUUGAAAGAUCUAUUUCCCAAAGUCGAUGCCCAAGCUGCCAUUCUCAACUUUUACAGUCCUGGCGACACUCUGAGUGUACACAAAGAUGUUAGCGAGGAAUGUCAGAGGGACUUGAUCAGCAUCAGCAUCGGCUGUGAUGCGGUCUUCAUCGUUGGUAACGAGGACGGCAGCGAAACAGCUACAGUACGUUUGAGGUCGGGCGACGCUGUAGUCAUGUCAGGAGAAUCGAGAUUCGCCUGGCAUGCAGUGCCCAAGAUCUUGUCAGAUACAUGUCCGGUUUGGUUGCAAGAUUGGCCAAACAUUCCGCAUGGCUCAAAAUACCAGGUCUGGCAGGGAUGGAUGAGGAACAAACGCAUCAAUCUCAAUGUCCGACAGAUGCAAGAGUCAUAUCCAUCCGCCCAGAAUCCUUGAUGAAUAUGGUAGGUUACCACGAUACUGGGUCUGCUAUAAUAAACGCUGUUGCACCGUUCCGAGACAGGCAGGAGAUAUACGGAGUAUAUGGCCGACUUAUCGACAAUGGAGAUGCGCGACUCAGGAGCUCCCCCACUCAAACUC